AUGAGGGAUGAAAAUUUUGAUCUUAACAAACAAGAUGAAGAAAGUAGAGCUAUGCACUAUUGGUGGAGAUUAGCAUCAAAAUUUGAUGAGUGUGUAAAAUUCAAGUUUGAAAAAAUACAAAAUUUGUCAAAAUUGACACCAAUACUUAAAGUGCUUAGAGAAAUGGAGAGGUUAUAUUUGAUGUCCAUUGAGAGUUUUGAUGAGCUUAGACAAAAGCUAAUGUCUUAUAAAGUAGGGGAUUUUUGGGUGCCAAUUGGUGGAAUUAACAAAGAGGAUUUGGAUAUUCCACCUGUGAAUACUAUAUUGUUGGUUGGUUUUCAUAAUGCUGGCAAAAGUUCACUUGUCAACCUUAUGUAUAGUGUUCUUGGUCAAUCUGGUCUCAUCCCUUUUGCACAAACUUCCUCAGGAAAUGAUUGUGGUUACACAACAUUAACGAUGGAGGAACACAACGUGUUAAGAUCAACUCGAAGUGGAUUCUGCAUUUACGAUACGAGGGGUUUCGAUUAUGAUAGAGUUGAUGAAGCUCUUCUAGAAUUGAAAGAAUGGAUGGCUCCUGAUGGAGUCCACCAUAAGAAGCUGUGUUCCAGACAAGAAGAUCAUGUACUUGUACCAAUGUUAAAUAAUGAAUUGGAGGAUGCUUCUUCUUCAAUGUUCAUAAAGAGAAGUGUCAAUUGUGUUAUGAUGGUGGCUAAUGCUUAUGAAAUAUAUAAGUCUCUCAAACUCGAUGAUUUUAAGCCAUUGGAUGCAUUGAAGCAACUUUAUUGCUCAUCUUCACUCAACAAAUCUAAUGGGAACCCCAUAUUGAUUUUAACUCAUGGAGACAAGUUAUCAACUGAGGAUCGAAUCGACUGUCGAUUGAAAAUAUGCAAACAUCUUGGUACCUCAGAGACUAAUGGAAUAUAUGAUAUAGUUUGUGUAACAGAAUAUGGAUUAUUAGCAGAUGAAUAUGAUCCAAUCUCAGCAUAUUCUGUAACUGAAGCUGUUUACAGAUCAUUGCUUAUUUCAGACAGAGCUCAACUUGUCAAGAAAACAUUUAAGGAUUGGGCAUUAUUUGCAUUGUCAUGUCUUAUGUGCUUUAUAGCCAGCAUUUUUGCCUGUCUGGCCCAACUUUUCAAUGUUCUGGCCCAGAAACAUAAAGGCAAGCUAAAAUGGUGA